GUCCCGCACUCUGACAUGUAAAUGGCUUUAACUUAUUAGCGGAACGUUUCUCUCGACUUGUUGUUUUGGUACGUAAAGUGUGGACUAGGGCUCUCUUCCCAGACGUCGGAGGUUGUAUAUUUUUGCAACCUGUUGCUUCUUGCCCUAAAUCCGUUCGACAGCCGGCCGCGAAACCCGCUCACUGGGCUAAGUCUAUUUUGACUGCAGCGCCGCCUAACGAGGUCACGCCGUGCCAGCUGAUAUGGGUAACCCCCAUUCAUUGCGGCCGAGUUAGAGGGGAAGAUUUUCCCAAUCGCCCCUACCCACUCACCUACAGCUCCAUCCCCCGGGAUUACUCACGAGAAAGGGGGUUCUGUGAUCACGAGACAAGUUUUGGGUAGUUUCACUGCGAGCGAGCGACCGUAAGAGCACUUUCUUCCGUUUGACAGCUGCCGUGUCUAGCAGUGUUUGUUGGGUACUGCCUUGGCAUAUACAGGUAACCGUCUCAGUAUCGAAGCCUGAACGCAGGCGUGGACAGUUUAACCUAGUGGACAUUGAGUCCACACCAUGGCGGACGUGGCCGAGACGCAGGGGGGACAGGGGGAAGAGGAACCCCCCAAGAAAAAGAGGGGCAGACCCCGAAAGCCUAAACCCCCAGAGCCAGAAGAACCGAAGUUAAAACGGCCUCGCGGAAGACCCAAAGGGAGCAAAAAUAAGACUCCGGCAAAAUCUUUACUGAGGAUGAAUACACCAAAGAGACCACGCGGAAGACCAAGGAAAUAUAGGGAAGAGGAGGAGGAGGAGAAGUCAUCACCGCCACAGCAGCCCCAGGACCCGUCUACAUCAGGGGAGGCAAGUUCUCAUUGAUGAGCGGUGUGUCAGUAACACAGAACUAUGGCAUCACACCACAAACUGCAGCAAGCAACAACCACACAAUUGUAGAAAAUGGUUUAAGUGAAAUAACAGGGGAUAAAGCACCCUGGAAGACUGACCAGUAGACAAUUAAUUUUCAGGAACAGCUCUGUAAAACGAUGAAGUUUGCGAAACAAGCAACCCAGCCUCCGCAGCUGACAAGAGGAUGCUCCAGGUGGAAUCGGAGAAAGGCUGAAGAUGGGCGGCUGUUUAUGUUUGUGUUGUAUUAUUCAAAUGAUGUUCUUCUUUACCGAAAAUGAAACCAUUUCAUUAUGAUGAGGGUAUGGUAUUACGACAUAGCGUGAACACAUCACACGUUGGUAUACGCUACGUACAACCAUCACCUGUGAAUACAUAUGGACAAUACGCUGUGUUAUGGUGACUCGUAUCUAUGUUAAGUGGAGUCAUUAAAUAUGGCUGUGUAGAGCUCCUGGAAGCCAAAAGCUCACCACAGUACAGGAAUUUGUGCAAACACUAAUGUUGCCUGAUAGUGAGCAAUGUAUAGAGUAGAAGGCCACAGAAUGGUACAUGUUGCAUGAAAGAUAUUGCCGUUUGUGCGAUGUAUUCUGAGCACUGAUUGGUCUGGUUGCCUCCUGGAACUGUCUUUGACUCUUUGACUCUGUUGGUAAAAACAGGAACUACACAGCUAAACGUCUGUAUGUAUUCAGGAGUGAUGGCGAACCUAGUAUAAACCCAUGCAGUACUGACGAUGCAACGUGUGUCCUGUAUGGUGCUAGUAUUCUUGUUAUGUCUAGGUCUUGGGAACAUCCAUACCAUUAGAGAAUUAAAGAGAUGGGAAUUUUUAAUAAUUUUUUUUAAGAUUUGAGGAGUUUCUAUGGCAUUUGAGUCUUGUCAUGUUGGUGUAUGUCUUGCUGUGAAAUAAAUACGUACAAAAUCACAGGUUGUUUAGAUUUGAUGCAAGAAAAUGAAUGAAACCAAAAUAUAUUGACAUGAAGCAUUAUCAGCUUGUAAGUCAGUAAGCCUUUUGAAAUAUCCAAAUAAGUUAAGUUAAGUUUCAAAAUAAUAGCCCUGCUGCAGAAAGCAAUAAUACCUACAAUACCUUUCACAAACUUUUUGAGAAACAAAAGCAGGCAGUUAGUUCACAGAGACACGAUCUAUGGAGGACAACUUGGAUACAUAUUGGGCAAGUCCUCAACAUGUUGUACAGGGCUCCAGAGAAUCUUUGGAGCCAUUGAGUGUUUUCAUUCACAUUGGGUAUUGGUAGUUUUCUUUGGGUAUUCAAUGUUUUUACUCCUUGGGUCCUGACUAAUGGACAAUUUUUAAAAAUAUUUCUGCCCAUAAUGCUGUUCAUGGGACCAGCACUGAAAAGAAAUGAAUUAAACAUAAAAAUAUUAUUUUUUAUUCCUGCUUGUGAUAUAGAUCCUCUUAUACAAUAUAAAAUGUUAUAUCUAAGUUUCAUGUUUACAUCAUAAUCAGUUAUUCAAGAAGUCAGCUGCAGUUUUAACUCCACGGCAGAAUGACUUUCAUACAAAUGAAUAAAUGAUUGACAUAGCUAUUUUUUUUAUUUCGACCGACCUUGUGUGGAAAAGCUGGAAUAAAUCCAUGAAACAUAAAAUAAAAAAAAGUGUGGCCUGUAGGUCAUGUAGUGCAUUCCAUCAGUAAAGGAUUAAAGGAUUAAGGAUUAAAGAAUACAUUUGGUAAUCGGUCCUUGCACAGAGUGUUGUUAUACUCCUGGGUUUUCCAUGUAUAUAUGUACACAAGAAACUCCAAAUAAACUGGGUAAUGAUGAUUAAGUAUGCUUAUUCAAUCUAAAUAUGCAGGUUACCUGGAGCUCUGGUUGUCUUUAUAGAAUACUAAGGCUGAAAUCCAUACAUCGUGUGUCUAUGAAAUAUCAUCAUCUCAAAAUGUAGCCUCCUUGCUUUUGGCCAUUUCACAAUACGAUCUCAGUACAACAGCCAUUGGAAGUGUUUGUAAAGUGAAAUAGUUCUCACAAUCAUUGUGCUACAACUACUUCGUGAAAGAGGCCUAGGGAGACAGAGAUAUAACCCUGUUUGCUCAGAGAAUAGAUUGUUUGUUGAUAAUUGAUCAUGACAUAUGUCUCACUUGCGACUUGCCAGUAUUUUACAUCGAACGUGGCCUGAAUAAUGUUGUGUUUCUAACAGAUAGUUUCGAUUCAUCUCUGAAUGGUGGAUAAAUGCUAGGGGGGACAAUUGGUGCACAGUUACUUCUGCAAUUGUUAGUAAAAAUUAUUACAAAACUAUUGCAAUAGUUAUAGUAACUUGCACCACUCUUCAAAAGUUCUCUGAGCUUCGUUUUACCUUCCAAAUAAUUUUCAACAUGAUGUCAAGCCUAACAGACCCACUGUUCUUCGGUUCAGUAUAUCACUUGCAGUGCCGUAGCCAACGGGGGUG